GGGCCCAGCGCGUGGCACACGCACCCACCCACCCACGCAGCCGCCAUGGGGAAGGACAAGCGGCCCCGCGGCCAGCAAAGGCAGGGGGGGCCGUCGGCAGCGGAAGCCACCGGGCCCGACGAUAUGGGGCCGAAGAAGGGGAAAGGGGCCCCCAAGGCGAGCGGGGAGGAGGAGGCUCCGACGUGCUGCGGCUGCCGGUUCCCGCUGCUGCUCGCCCUGCUGCAGCUGGCCCUGGGCAUCGCCGUGACCGUGGUGGGCUUUCUCAUGGCGAGCGUCAGCUCCUCCCUGCUAGUCAGAGACACUCCAUUUUGGGCUGGGAUCAUUGUCUGCUUAGUGGCCUAUCUUGGCUUGUUUAUGCUUUGUGUCUCAUAUCAAGUGGAUGAACGGACAUGUAUCCAGUUUGCUAUGAAACUGUUCUACUUUCUGCUGAGCACCCUCGCCUUGAUGGCGUGUGUGCUGGCCGUGGCGUUUGCUGCCCACCACUAUUCGCAGCUCACACAGUUUACCUGUGAAACCGCACUCAACUCCUGCCAGUGCAAACUGCCCUCCUCAGAGCCGCUCAGCAGGACCUUUGUUUACCAGGAUGUGACUGACUGUACCAGCGUCACUGGCACUUUCAAACUGUUCUUACUUAUCCAGAUGAUUCUUAACUUGGUCUGCAGCCUUGUAUGCUUAUUGGCUUGCUUUGUGAUGUGGAAACAUAGGUACCAGGUCUUUUAUGUGGGUGUUAGGAUGUGCUCCCUAACAACUUCCGAAGGGCAGCAGCAGAAGGUCUAACAUUCUUGCUCAAAGGUGAGAGAGAAAACAGCAUGCUGACUAGCUGAGGUUAAAAAGAAAUUUAAAAAAUGACGAAAGAAAAAAAGCCACUAUUAACAAUGAAUAAUGAAUAAUAUUCACUGGUUCUAAAUGAGUAUUUUUAUAUUUUAAAACAUAAAAUUUUAAAAACACUUGAGCAUUUCUUCAAGUGUCUAUAGCAUUUGAAAAAGAAAUUAUUGUGGGGAAAACAAGAUCCAAAUAGACUUUGGGAUAUUAAAAGGAUACUGAGCAUGGAAAGAAUGGCAAAGAUCUGUCUUUACAUUCUGGAGUUUUACCCAUUAGGUAUAUGUGAAUUGGCAUUUUGUAAUCUUCCUUCAGUCCUCCUCACCUCCAACCAUUACCCUCACUGUAUCUUGGAGGAGGGAAAGAGCUGGGAGAAGAGCUGAAAGACCAGAUUGAAUGUCUUAUUUUCCCUGGUGGAGGUGUUUAAAGGCACAAACAAAAGCUUAAAAGAGCAGAGUAGAAAAGGAAGAGCCUUUGCAAAAGGCUGAAUAAUUUUAAACACCUGGGUUGGGGCGGCGGUCUCUUCUGUUUAGCUCCUUCAGUUUGGCACUGUAAGUAAAUCACUAUUAAAUGCUUUGGAUGAUUAUCUGCUUCUCCAUAAUUGAAAGGUGGGAGCAGUUAUAUUCUUAAUGAUGUAGAAGGUUUAAAAAUAAUUACGUUAUGCUUCUAUUCUAUUUUAUAAAACAAAUCAUUAAAACUAAUUUCUAGCUAAUUGUUAAUUAUAAUUAUGCUCAGAAGUCUAUUUAAUGAGCCCUGGAUGUACUUAGGCAGCACUGUUGGUGUUAGGAGAAAUUACUCUCACAAGAGAAGAAGCCUAAAGAUUCUUUCUUCUGCAAGUCAAGCUUUACAAGGGGAAAAAAUAUUAAUAGCUCAGGUUAAAAACACUCAUUUAAACAAAGACGAGCAUUUGUAAUGGGAAAUGUUUAAAUGGAUAGCACAUUUGUGAUACAUUGAAAAGUAUCUCUUGGCAGCUAAGUACUUUUGAGGAAGGCUGGGUAAUACUGACGUGUGCUAUUCAUGAAACUGUAUUUGAUAUGCAAUCCUCUUCUGAUUUGUGCGCACGGUCAACCUAAAGACUCAAGACAAAGUUUUGAAGGCCUAGUUAAGCAACAUGUCCAAUGGAAGGUAGUUUAUGUUUUGUUUUUAAGUGACUGACUUAACCAAGCACAAGUACCCUAUAAUGGGAGAGUUCUCUUUUUUAUUAUUGCUAUUUUUAAAUUCUGAAAAAUAUCAAUGUUUUAAGGAGGGGGGGUCAAAUUCAUGGGAAUUCAUGCAGAGUAAAUGUUAUCAAGAACUUUCUCCAAUAGAAUGCUCUGUUGAAAGCAGAAAUUCAAGAUCAUAAUUGACCUCAGUUUGCCUCUCCACAUGGCCUACUGAUAUAUUUUACUAAUCGUGAAAUUCUACCCUGAAAGGAAAACAUUUUCUUCUUUACAAUCAAUAACUUCAUUGAUUGUGAUAACGGUGUCAAUUUCUGUACAAGAUAAAUAUCCAAAUAAAGAGGAAAAUGUCAGUUAGCUGGAGGAUUGUAAACAUUUUUAUUGUCCUCCAGAUAAAACACCUGAUUAACAGAUGUUAAAAUCAUUCCUGUUUUGACUUGCUUUAAAAAUGGCCUACCUAUACAUUAGCCCAGGCCAAGAAGACGCAUUGGAGAGUUUGGAUAAGAUUCUGGUGCAGGUUCCAUCACACAGAGAAGUUACGUCUCCAGAAUACUAAGCAUCCUCAUGAUGGCCUAAAACAUACUUUGCACAAAAAGUGAAAAAAAUCCAUUGUGACUUUUGACAGUUUCCUACGCAUAAAGAAAAAUGAGAACCUGAAAUGCUGUAGGCUGUUCUUCCAAGAGUGAGAAACCAGGGCUUUAAUGCUACUUUCCAUGAAUCAGCCAUGACUGGAAGCACAACUUGAAUAUCUUUAACAACUUUUUAUAGCAAACACUAUGGAUUUUUAUAUUAGAAAAUUAGUAUUAAAAGCACACAUCAUUAAGGUGCUCCAUACUUUACAAGGGAUUCACAGGGUAGUGCUUUCUUUUUCUCAAUAAUAUAACUAACAAGAGCUGGCAUUUGAUAAUAGUUAGGUAUAUAUAUAUUUAAGUCAUAUAUAUUUAAAGCAUGUAUCAUACAUAUGUAUAUAUCUAUGUGUAUCUGAUACAUGCUUUAAAUGGAACUUUGCUAUCGUGUGAGUAAAUGUCUUAAAUUCCCAAAGCGGGUGGGGGGGGGGAGAUCAUAAGUGAAGAGAAGGAACAAAACAAAAAACAAACAAAAGCAAAAAAGAUGCUUGUGGUGAAAACUAACUGUGUAUUGAUAUGUGUAAGAAUUAUGUUGCAUGAACUACAAACUACUUUGGGCUGGAUUUGAAGUAUUUUGAUGUUGUGUUUUGCAAAUAUUGAAGUUACAAUCACUGAAACAGAAAAGGAACAGAUACACAGCUUUACACUUCGCAAAAUGUUAACAUUUAAAAUCUGUCAAGGAGCUGAGAUGGUGACUGUGUCUUCUGAACCAUAAAACAGUAAAAUUUGUGCAAUCCUCCUCCUACUCCACCUCCCUCAGAAUUAAAUGAAUCAAGACUCUGGAAAGAGGGGCAAUGGCCGGGACUUGGCAGGGCUUGAAACAGGAGGAAUACAGCAGCCUAAAUGUACAGACUUUGUAACCGAGCCCACUCCCCCGGUCUGUGCCUUCACGUGACCACCAUCUGUGCCUCCUGCGCUCUGUCCAAAUUUGUGUAGGCAGCUCCUUGGAGCCAGGCCUAAAAAUAUAGCUACACCCGGGCCCUGGAAACUGUAGUCAAGUAACAGGCCUAACUUUUUUUUUCCUUUUUGAAUUAAAAAUGUAUCUGAUCCUUUCUUAGGGGUUUCCAGUUGCACACAUCAAUGUCUUGUCUGACAGGGGGAACCCAUUACAUAUCCAUGACAUCAGUCUUUUAAUAUUCUUAAACUUUCUCUCAUGCACACAGUAUGUCUGGAAUAUGUUUAUGAUUUUUUUGUAAAGGGUAUGGACAAAAGGUAUCCAAGGGAGAUGCUGAAGGACAAUGGCGGAGUAGUUAUUUAAAGAUAAUCAGAAAAGAACUUAAAAGCUGCCCUGAAAAAUCCAGUCCCUGCCUAUCACAAACCAUACCUUUACAUUUUCCAGGGCUUUUCUCUGAACUAUUGUAAUGUAGCCAUAUAUUUCUGUAAAUCAUGCCGGUAAUCAUUUCUUACUGUACUCAAGGAACUCUAUCAUGGUUUCAUAUGUACACUGUAUUUUCAGGACAGCGUUAAAAAGAAUUGAUGGCCAAAUAUAUUGACUCACAGUGGAAACAUUUGUGUGGAUGAAAUCUUAGUGGUUCAGCCUGUGAAAUGAAUACAUUGAUUCUUCUGAUUUUCUCGUACUUUAUUAUCUCAAAUUAUUAUACCCUUCAAAAAUACUGGUCUGUACUUUGGUGUUGUGGUUUCAUUUUUUUGGCAUUGAGAAAUAGUGAACAGAAAAUAAAGUGUUUCCCACA